AUGGAAAAAAGUGUAAACUUCUUGUCAAAUAAGAAAGAAAAAGAUCAAUCAUCAAAUAAAACGAAUGUAAUGAACGAAUCUUUAAGUCAGAAAGUGACUGCAACCACUUCUGAUCUACUUAUUUCACUUGCAAAUGAACCUUCACUGGCCUAUUUUCAUAUUCAAGAACAUAUUAGAAAAUCGAUUCCGGAAAUCUUGAAAUAUCAAUUGAAAAUCGAACAUUUAGAUUCACAAUUACGUGGUUCUUGUUACGAUCUUGAUUAUGCACUCGAUAACGUUAAAAGUAUCUCAAAGGCUACAAUACAUUUUAACCGGAUUAAUGAGCUCUUAAAGUCGAGCUUAUUUGCUAAACUGCAGUUGGAUUAUGCACGCAUGAACGCUCCACCAGUUGAAAUAGGCAUCGAUCUUGUCUCGUGGGAUCUAAAUGAUGAGGAGCUGUUAAGUUUAAGUCAUAAAGAGUCACGAGAACGAAGACCAACUCAAUGCAACGAAGGUGUACACACUGAUCUUUCUUCCAAAAACAACAAAUGUAUAGAUACCUCUACAAACUCACGAACAUUAAGCCACAUAUCCAGCACAGUGUCGACAGCAGCCGUACAAGUACGUGAUCAAGCUGUCAAUUUGACCAGAAGAGUUUUGUGGACACAAAGUGCCGAUGUGUCUUGCUCUACCAUAUCAUCUAGUUUAUCUGAUUCCAAAGUCACUAACUCCUCGAGUUCAUUUGAUGAGAAACCUAAAUUUCUGGAAACCUAG